CUCAGGUGGGGAGCGCCGGGGCUCGCCCCAGGUCGCUGGAGGUCGCGGCAGUGAAGGACCAUGCUGGAGACAGAGGGGCAGUAGAGGCCAGGGCCCCAUCCCUGUGCCCUGAGCACAGACGGGCCUGGGCUGGAGCCCUCGGGAGCCAUGGAGAGCUUCAUGGAGUCACUGAACAGGCUGAAAGACAUCCAUGAGAAUGAGGUCCGGGGUCUGCAGAAUAAACUUCUGGAGCUGAACUCCGAGAGAUGCCGGGACGCCCAGAGGGUGGAGGAGCUCUGCGCCAAGAACCAUCAGCUCAGGGAGCAGCAGAAGGCGCUGAAGGAGAACGUGCGGGUGCUGGAGAACAGGCUGCGAGCUGGCCUGUGUGACCGCUGCAUGGUCACCCAGGAGAUGGCCAGGAAGAAGCAGCAGGAGUUCGAGAACUCGCUCCUCCAGAACCUGCAGCACGUCAUCAUCCUCACCAACGAGCUGAACCGGCUGCAGGGGGAAAACGAGGCGUUGAAGGAGGAGGUGAAGCGGCUUCGGGGCCCGCGGCUCAAGCCCCAGCACAGGGAGGGUGCCUCAGACCCCCCCUCGCCCCUCCUGCUCCCCUCCCCGGGCGCCUGGAAGGCCGUCACAGAGAAGACACCGGGAGGCCACGAGGAGGUCGAGGACGACCGCCCAGAGAAGUCCACGGGCUCCAGGACAUCCCCGGCAGCCAAAAUCCCCCCAAGUGCCAGCCUGCCCGAGACGCGGGCUCCAGACACGAGCCCCCAGCGGAUCUCCAACCAGCUGCACGGGACCAUUGCCGUGGUGCGGCCGGGGUCCCAGGCCUGCUCUGCUGACCGGGGCUCCACCAAUGGGACACCCACACUGCCACUCUCCGGGAGCAGCCCCCCCAGCCCCCCCUAUGAGCACAGCCUCCCCCUGGACAGCCUGCUGCGGGCCUCCCGGCACCCGGCCGUGACCUGUGAGUCCCUGAAGCGCUCCCUCCGGGCUGACCGCCUCUGCCUCCUGAACCGCCACCUGGCGCUGCACCUUCAGAGCCCCCACGGCAGCCCCCAAGUCCCCACCUCAGUGCCCGGUGGCCCCCGGCCCCAGGGCCUGAAGGCUGGAGACGCAGAGGCCUGGGAGGAGCCCAGUGGCCUGCUGGGACUCCCCGGGGGCCUAGCGGACACGCGAGACCCUCGGCUGGAGGGGGCUCUGCACCUGCUCCUGGCCCAGCAGCUGCGGGCACAGGGGCGGAAGGGCAGUGCCAGGCUGAGGGGCCCGCCCACACCGGGAGGGACCCCACCCUCCCCACCAGUCAGCUCUGACUCGGAAGGCCCACCGGGUGAGGCAUCCCUUUCCAGAGGGGGACACGCGCAGCCCAGCGGCCCAGGGAGUCCCAGGGGCAAGGAAGCCACAGGCACACAGGACUCUGUCCCGGACAAGCCCCUGGACCUCUCAGAGCGUGGCCGGGGCCGGGAUGGCCCCAAGCCUCCUGCCCAGCCGGGGUCACCCAGCCCCCCAGCUGCCUGCACUCCCAGCCCAGAGCCACCCCCGGGAGCGGAGCCGCCUGCCCAGCCUGCACCUUGGGGACUCAGCAAUGGCACCAAGGGAGCCAGAGCUCCAGAGGUGGAAGGACCUCCAAGUCCUGCGGAUCCCGCACAAGCUCUUCCAGGGCCACACCCCCAUGCGCCCUCUCCAAGCAGGAUGGAAGAUGAAGCUAGAGGGGGUCCGAAGCCUCCCCCCCACCCACACAGGCCUGAUGCUGAUGGCCACCCAGAGCUCAGCAAGGCCCGAGUGCAGUGGCCGGAGCCGCACCAGCUGGACGAGUCAGACACCUCGGACGAUGAGGUGGGCCGGAGCCCCGAGGGAGCGCCGCAGGAGGGGCCCAGGUGCUUCUGCACCAAGGAGCCCGGGCAGGGCCCGCAUCAGAAGAGGAAGCGAGCUGUGGGCCCCUGGUGCAGAGCCUCCAAGAAGCCGCCCCCAGGGAGAAGGAAGCCGGGGGAGCCCCUGACAGCACACGCGGGGUCUGGGAGCCCAAGCGACCUAGAGGACGGCAGCCCCCCACCCAGCAACAGCAGCUGGGAGGAGACUUAGCAGGCUGCUCCCGGGUACCCCACACCCCACCUACGCCCAGCCCAGGGCAGGAGGGGAUGGGGUCCCGGGCCCUCUCCA